AUGAGCGACGGUCGUGGUGGCACACUGGAAGCAGAGCCGGAAACUCAGGAUCCCAAGGCGGCCGACGCGGGAUCGGACGAUGAGGAGGACGAGGAGGAUGCGGGAGGGGUGUCGGACGGACAACAGGAGGGUUCCAGUGGCGAGUCCAAGGAAGGAGGAGGGGAGACGGCGAACGGAACGGGGAAAAAGAAGAAGAAAAAGCAGAAAAAGCGCAAGAAGAAGGGCGCGGGUGGGGGAUCCAGUGACGGCUCCGCCUCCCCGAGCGCUUCUCCGCCCACCUCCCCUUCCGCCAACUCCGCGCCCGCCGCGCCGUUCCCCCCAUCGUCGUCCGCGGAUGCCCCCCUGUGCCAACCGGACCUGGAUGACAUGCUUCCGGUGGAGGUGGCGGAAAAGAGGUUUGCUGCUGCAUUAGAGUCGAUGCGCAGCAAGGCGGACCUGUGCAUGUGGGUGCAGCUGGCGCGGUGCCGUGUGGGCGACAAGAAGCUGCGCCGCCUCACAGACGCGCUCAUCCACUGCGAGACAGUCACCUCUGUCGACUUAUCAGAGAACCUUAUAUCGGAUGCAGGCCUGCGCCAGCUCGCCUGCGCGCUCUCCGCCCCCAGUGCCGCCCCGGAUUUGAUUUCCCUGAACGUGAAGCGCAAUCCGAUCUCGGCGUCUGGGCGGGCGUGUCUGGCGAAUCUGCAGGCUGUCAGGAAGCUCGUGAGGAUAGAGUACGAGGAGAGCCCGCCUCCAGCAGCACAGGAGAAGAAGGGCGCGCAGGGAGGAAAGGGGCAGGGCAUGGCGGACCCACGUGGCUUUGAAAGCGGGGAGCGGAUGGGGGGCGGGUUGGCCAGCAAGGCGAGCAACCCACAGAUCAGGAUCGACGCGGCCGUCCGGUUCAUCAGGGAAGCAUCCGAGAAGCUGCAGCAGAUGGCACCGGAGGGCAGCAGCAGCAGGAGCAUAGUGACGCGGGUGUUUGACUCGGGCAUGAUGGCGGAGGCACUGGAGGACGUGGUGGAGCUCGUCGAUGCUGACCUGCGCCGCAACCCCUCCAAGUCCUACCACAACUCGCCCAUCAGCAAGCUGCCACUGGUGACCGCUGCGGCUGGUGGUGGAGAGUCUACCCACGUUCGCAUCCCUGCUGGAGCUGCCCAUACCACCGCAGCAGUGCCAGCGCAAGCUGGCGAAACCGGCAGCAAGGCUGCUGCCUUGUUUGUGUCAUUCGCCCCUCCGCUGCGGCUGGUGGUGGAGAGUCUACCGACGUUCGCCUCCCUGCUGGAGCUGCCCAUACCUCCCCAGCAGUGCCAGCGCAAGCUGGCAGAGCCGGCAGCGGGGCGGCACCGCAUCCUGGCGGUGCUGUUGCUGCGCAAGGUGCUGGGGGCGUGUGGGCGCGUGGUGGAUGACAGGCUGGCGAGAGAGGACGUGGGGCGCAAGGUGGCCUCGCUGCUGUUUGACUUCCCGUGGAGCAAUGUUCUGCACCAUGGGGUCUGCUGCUUCCUCAUGGUGCUGGGGACGUGUGGGCGCGUGGUGGAUGACAGGCUGGCGAGAGAGGACGUGGGGAAGAAGGUGGCGGCGUUGCUGUUUGACUUCCUCUGGAGCAACGUUCUGCACCAUGGCGUGUGCUGCUUCGUCAUGGUACGUGCUGCUUGCUCAUGUAUAGGUCGUGUUGCAUUGGGUGCAUACAUCCCGCCCCCCACUUUCCGUAUCCCUCCUCCCUUUCCGUUACAAUGUGUAGCACCUCCCCCUUCAUCACUCCUCCAAAUCAAUCGCCAUGCCAUUCCCCGUUCCUCAGUGCUCCCCUUACAAUCUCGAAUCUUUCUGUUCUUCUCCCAAACCCCCUCCCUUGAUGCGUCCCUCCGCCAGUCCGCCCUGGAGCGUCCCAACUCAUCCCUCUCCUCGUCUCUCCUUGACCCCCCUCCUUCCGAUGACUCCUCCUCCUCCACAUCGUCCACCAUCACUGCUCUCUCCUCCUCCCCUUCUCUUCCCUCCUCCUCUCCACCUGCUGCCACCGCUGCCACUACCAGUGGCACCACCACCACAGACAGCACCACUGCUGCUGAUGCUGCUACCUCUGAUGCUGCUGCUGUCUCCGAAUCCGCUGCUGCUUCUGCUGCUGCGGCGGAGUCUGCCUCCUCCGACCCCCCCUCCACCUCCCCCGAUACUCCCCCAACAAGUGCAGGGGGGGACGAGGGGGCGGUGAGGAAGGCGCGGGGGAGCGGGCAGGGGGAGGGGGAGGCGGACCCCCGUCCCCAGGUGGACGUAGAACCAGAGGCCAAACGGGGGCGCGUGAAUGGGGAGAAGGGGGAAGCAGGGGGGACGGGGGGAGCAGGAGAGGAAGGGACAGAUAAGGCAGCAGAGGUGACGGGUGGUGGGGCGGAGGAGGGUGGUAGUGGGACUGCUGAUAGCGAGGCUGCUAGUAGUGAGGUGGAGAAGGUGGAGAGGGAGGGGCCAGGAGAGGAAGAGAAGGGGGCAGAAGAUAAGGGCCAAGAGGAGGGCAAGGGGGAAGGGGAGAGGGAUAGCAAGGGGGAGGGUGAGGGGAAGAAGCAGACAGCAGCAGCAGCGGCAGCGGAGCCAUUGGUUCCUUCAGGCCCGCUGGCUCUGCCUGUGAGGCUGGCAGUGACGGCAGCUCCCUGGAUCAACACCCCCAUUGGCCAACGACCCGGGCAUGCAGGCCCCAUCAUUCAGCUCAUGUUUGACAUCAGGGGCAGAGCAACCACCAGUGCGCCACUGCAGGUAUGCACCCUCACUCUCACCACUGCAGGUAUGCACCCUCACUCUCACCACUGCAGGUAUGCACCCUCACUCUCACCACUGCAGGUAUGCACCCUCACUCUCACCACUGCAGGUCUUUGGAUAAAGCACACCUCCACCUCCCCUCUUUCCUCCUCUCCCCACCUCCUGCCCUCAUACCCUCCCUUGCCACUCUGCACAUCUCUCACUUCCCCGUCUCUUCCCCCCUCCCUUCUCCCCCUCUCCCUCCCCACUUCCCCCCCUCCCCAUCCAUGGCAGGCGAAGCUAGAAAAGCUGCCAGAGUGGCAGGCGUUUGCCCAGCCAGGGGGCCAGCUGGACGAGCUGCUCUCACAGCAGCAUGGCGCUCUGUGCGGGCCCAAGCCAGUGGUGCCGGGCAGUGAUGCGCCUGACAUGGGUGCCGGCAGUGGCGGGCAGAGCAUGCUGUUCGGAGAGCCCGACUUGCCGCCCUCUGUGCUUGGGAAACUGAGGGCCAUCUAUCUACAGUGA